AUGGCCUUGGAUGGGAUGGACACCCGGAAUCAGACCACGGUGUCCGAGUUUAUCCUGACGGCCUUCCCAGCCCUCCAGAAGCUGCAGACAGCCCUCUUCGUGGUCCUCCUGAUGACUUACCUGCUCACACUCACCGGGAACCUGGUCAUCAUCGCCCUGAUAUGGGCCAACAGUUGCCUGCAAACACCAAUGUACUUCUUCCUCAGCAACCUGUCCUCCUUGGACAUGUUAUACACCUCCACCGUGACCCCAAACAUACUGGACUGCCUCCUCCAGGGCAGGAGAAGCAUCUCGCUCGCCAGCUGCAUCACCCAGACAUAUUUCUUCUUCUUCCUGGGGACAGUGGAGUUUAUCCUCCUGGCAGUGAUGUCCUUUGACCGCUACGUGGCCAUCUGUAACCCCCUGCGCUACACCAUCAUCAUGAACAGCAGGGCAUGUCUCCUGCUGGUUCUGGGCUGCUGGCUGGGCUCUUUUCUGUCCGUGCUGUGCCCCAUCAUUGUGCUGUCCAGGCUGUCUUUCUGCUACCAGGAAAUCAGCCACUUCUUCUGUGACAUCGCCCCCCUGCUCCAGGCAGCCUGUACUGACACGCAUCUCAUGGAGAUGAUCAGCUUCCUCCUGUCUACCCUGGUCCUCCUGACCUCGCUGUUCUUUACCAUCACAUCCUACACCUACAUCAUUUCCACCAUCCUGCGCACGCCAUCCGCCCAGGGCCGCCAGAAAGCCUUCUCCACCUGCGCCUCCCACAUCACCGUGGUCUCCAUCGCUUACGGCAGCAACAUCUUCAUGUACCUGCGGCCCAGCCAGAGCCACUCCCUGGAGUUUGACAAGGUCACGGCUGUGCUCACUACCAUCAUCACACCCCUCCUGAACCCCUUCAUCUACAGUCUAAGGAACGAAAAGGUGAAGCAGGUUUUGAAGGAUGCAAUGGAGAAAAUGACAGCCUUGCUUCACAAGAGAACCUGA